ACUGGGCGUGACAAGUAUGAGCCAGCUGCUACAAACGAGCAUGGACCCAAGACGAAAAAGGGGAAGAAAGAGAGGGAUAUGGAUGAACUGAAGAAGGAAGUUUCACUGGAUGAUCACAAACUCAGCCUUGAUGAACUUCAUCGGAAAUAUGGAACAGACCUCAGCCGGGGCCUGACUCCUGCCCGUGCUGCAGAGAUCUUGGCUCGUGAUGGCCCCAAUGCUCUCACUCCUCCUCCCACAACCCCAGAAUGGGUCAAAUUCUGCCGGCAAUUGUUUGGGGGCUUUGCCCUUCUCCUAUGGAUUGGAGCAAUUCUUUGUUUUUUGGCAUAUGGUAUUCAAGCUGCAACAGAGGAGGAAGCAAACAAAGACAAUUUGUAUCUUGGUGUUGUGCUGGCUGCUGUUGUCAUCAUAACUGGUUGCUUCUCAUACUACCAAGAAGCAAAAAGUUCAAAGAUCAUGGAAUCCUUCAAAAAUAUGGUACCUCAGCAAGCUCUGGUGGUCCGAAAUGGAGAGAAGUUGAGCAUCAAUGCUGAAGGGGUGGUUGUUGGAGAUUUAGUGGAGGUGAAGGGAGGAGACAGAGUUCCAGCAGAUCUCAGGAUCAUUUCAGCACACGGUUGUAAGGUGGAUAACUCUUCUCUCACGGGUGAAUCGGAGCCUCAAACAAGGUCACCAGACUUCACAAAUGAGAACCCACUAGAGACGAGAAAUAUUGCUUUUUUCUCUACCAAUUGUGUUGAAGGUACUGCCCGUGGUGUAGUCAUUAACACUGGUGAUCGUACUGUAAUGGGCCGCAUUGCCACAUUGGCCUCUGGACUGGAAGGGGGACAGACACCCAUUUCCAAAGAGAUUGAGCACUUCAUCCACAUAAUUACUGGUGUAGCUGUAUUCCUUGGUGUUUCCUUCUUCAUCCUUUCACUGAUCCUUGAAUACACUUGGCUGGAGGCUGUUAUCUUCCUUAUCGGCAUCAUUGUGGCCAAUGUGCCCGAGGGUCUGCUUGCUACAGUCACAGUUUGUCUGACGCUCACAGCCAAGCGCAUGGCUCGUAAGAAUUGUCUUGUGAAGAAUUUGGAAGCUGUAGAAACCCUCGGCUCCACAUCUACAAUUUGCUCUGACAAAACGGGUACCCUGACUCAGAACCGGAUGACCGUGGCUCACAUGUGGUUUGAUAACCAGAUCCAUGAGGCUGACACUACAGAAAACCAGAGUGGUGCUUCUUUUGACAAGACAUCUGCUACUUGGUCCGCUUUAUCCAGGGUUGCAGGACUUUGCAACCGGGCAGUGUUUCAAGCUAACCAAGAAAAUGUUCCCAUCCUGAAGAGAGCGGUGGCAGGAGAUGCCUCUGAAUCUGCACUCCUAAAAUGCAUUGAACUCUGCUGUGGGUCUGUCAAGGAGAUGAGGGAGAAGAAUGCCAAGGUGGUGGAGAUACCGUUCAACUCUACCAACAAGUACCAACUGUCAAUCCACAAGAAUGCAAACCCAUCGGAAUCACGAUACCUGCUUGUAAUGAAAGGAGCCCCAGAGAGGAUCCUGGACCGUUGCAGCACAAUCCUGAUCCAUGGGAAAGAACAGCCCUUAGAUGAAGAGGCCAAAGAUGCAUUUCAGAAUGCGUACCUUGAAUUGGGAGGCCUUGGGGAGAGAGUAUUGGGAUUUUGCCACCUGGCCCUGCCAGAUGAGCAGUUCCCUGAAGACUUCCAGUUUGACACAGAUGAAGUGAACUUCCCAGUAGAGAAUCUCUGUUUUGUUGGGCUCAUUUCUAUGAUUGACCCUCCCCGUGCUGCUGUGCCUGAUGCUGUUGGCAAAUGCAGAAGUGCUGGAAUAAAGGUUAUUAUGGUGACAGGAGACCAUCCUAUCACAGCUAAAGCUAUUGCCAAGGGAGUUGGCAUCAUCUCUGAAGGCAAUGAGACUGUAGAAGAUAUUGCGCUUCGUCUUAACAUUCCUGUUAGCCAGGUGAACCCCAGGGAUGCCAAAGCGUGUGUAAUUCAUGGUUCAGACUUGAAGGACAUGACCGCUGAGCAGCUAGAUGACAUUCUAACACACCACACAGAAAUAGUUUUUGCCAGAACAUCUCCCCAGCAGAAGCUGAUCAUUGUGGAAGGCUGCCAGCGACAGGGUGCUAUUGUAGCUGUCACAGGCGAUGGUGUGAAUGAUUCCCCUGCUUUGAAGAAGGCAGAUAUUGGUGUUGCUAUGGGUAUUGCUGGGUCAGAUGUCUCCAAACAAGCAGCUGACAUGAUUCUGUUGGAUGACAACUUUGCUUCUAUUGUUACUGGGGUUGAAGAGGGCCGCCUGAUUUUUGAUAACCUGAAGAAGUCAAUUGCUUACACUUUGACCAGUAACAUUCCUGAGAUCACACCUUUCCUCAUCUUCAUCAUUGCCAACAUUCCCUUGCCACUCGGGACAGUGACUAUCUUGUGCAUUGACUUGGGUACUGACAUGGUUCCUGCAAUUUCUCUGGCAUAUGAACAAGCAGAAAGUGACAUCAUGAAGAGACAGCCCAGAAAUCCCAAGACAGACAAACUGGUAAAUGAAAGGCUGAUCAGCAUGGCUUAUGGUCAGAUUGGAAUGAUCCAAGCUUUGGGAGGCUUCUUCACCUACUUUGUGAUCCUUGCAGAGAAUGGCUUCUUGCCAUCCUCCUUGUUGGGCAUUAGAGUGAUGUGGGAUGACCGAUGGAUUAACGAUGUGGAAGACAGCUAUGGACAGCAAUGGACAUACGAACAAAGAAAAAUUGUGGAAUUCACUUGCCACACAGCCUUCUUUGUCAGCAUUGUGGUGGUGCAAUGGGCAGACUUGGUUAUUUGCAAGACCAGAAGAAACUCUGUCUUCCAACAAGGAAUGAAGAACAAGAUCCUGAUUUUUGGUCUCUUUGAAGAGACUGCCUUGGCUGCUUUCCUCUCUUACUGCCCUGGUAUGGAUGUUGCCUUGAGGAUGUAUCCUCUCAAACCAACAUGGUGGUUCUGUGCCUUCCCUUACUCUCUCCUCAUCUUUGUAUAUGAUGAAGUACGAAAACUUAUCAUCAGACGCAGCCCGGGAGGCUGGGUGGAAAAGGAAUCAUACUACUAAAGUACUGCUGGAACAGCCUCAGUUGCACUUCCUUGACCCUUCUCUGCUGUGGACUUCUGGAGCGCAAGGAGAUGGAGCCCUUAUAGGGCAGAAGCAAGCAGAGAGAGAAGAAAGGAAACAGGCAGUGGAGAGGAAGGGAGUGCCUAUUAUAUGUAGUCCAGGGUAGGGAUGGUUUUAAAUGUGCCUUUUUGUUUUGUUUUUAAGGAAAAAAACCCAAGAUUUUCUAUCUGGACUUUUACAAAUAAAGGUGGAUUAUAAGAGGA